GCUAGAACCGAGAGAAGAGUGUGUUGUGUAGAGCAGUGGUGGUAUAUAAUAAUCGUAUAUAUGUAUCAAGUGAGUGCUACCACCGUGUGUAGGAGUGCGAUCGCUCAUUCGCGAGUUUUGCAGUUUCGAAACAGAAGCAGACGAAAAAUUUGUUGCGUCAUUAUUGUCAAUAGAACAAGGGAAAAUGAUGCUCGCAAGAGUAUGCAGAGCUGGGAUUAACCCACAAGUAGUCAACUUCCUGAAAUCACCCGUAAUUCCAAAAAAUUCAAAAAUUCAAGCUGUUCGACUCUUUGCAAGCGAUGGACGUACGACUUUUACGAGAAGCGCUCGAAGACGAACUGGCAUUGUAGAAGGUGCUAUGGCACCUGCCGGUGAAACAGCUUUCAAUUUGGGAAAGGGUGUUGUAGCUGGUGGAGCAGUUCUUGGACUAGGAGCACUUUGCUAUUACGGCGCUGGUCUAUCAUCUGGCGUAGGAGCCAUAGACAAUGCACAAUUAUGGCCCGAAUACGUCAAGGAGCGAAUCCGCGCAACUUACAUGUAUUUUGGAGGUUCGAUAGCGGCGAGCGCGAUUACAGCGGCGGCUUGUCUUCGAUCCCCGACAGUAAUGAAUUUGGUCAUGCGUCAGGGUUGGUUAGCGCUUGGAGCGAGCAUGGUUGCAAUGAUAGGUUCAGGAAUGGUCGCUCGUGGUAUUCCCUAUCAAGAAGGCUUUGGAGCAAAACAGAUGGCCUGGUUGGUCCACUCUGGAGUGAUUGGUGCAGUUUUGGCACCACUUUCUCUUGUCGGGGGACAAAUUAUUGUCAGGGCAGCUUGGUACACCGCUGGCAUUGUCGGAGGACUUUCCACCGUCGCUGUUUGCGCGCCCAGUGAUAAAUUCCUCAAUAUGGGUGGCCCUCUCGCCAUUGGCCUCGGCGUUGUUUUUGCCAGCUCUCUUGGCACCAUGUUCCUCCCACCCACCACUGCUCUUGGCGCUGGUUUGCACUCCAUGGCUCUCUACGGUGGCCUCGUUCUCUUCUCUAUGUUCCUCAUGUACGACACUCAAAGGAUCAUCCGUAAUGCUGAAAAUCAUCCCAAAUUUUAUGGAGCUAGCGACGUUCGAGCUUACGAUCCCAUCAACAACGCUAUGUCCAUCUACAUGGAUACUGUCAACAUCUUCGUACGAAUAGUAACGAUGCUCGCUGGUGGCGGUGGACGACGCAAAUAAACCCGAGACCUGCUGUAGAAUUACAUGUACUAUUUAAGUUAUCAUUAUUAUAGCUUUAUAGAGAAAACGAGCGAAACAGUUUUUGCCACGCGAUCCAAAAUUUUUCGAGUAUUUUUCCUCUCGUCAUUCAAUUGGCUUCGGCAAAACCUUAUGAAAAUCAUGUAAAAAAUGAACUCAAACAAUUGUGAUUAUUCAUAGGAAAUAUACCUGACAUUUAUUGAAA